CUAGAUAUAUUGGAUCAUAAUGAGGUCACAAAGAUGAAAUGUACCAGUGGUAGGAUUAUAUUUCAGGUAAUUGGUAGUUCUGGUAAACCAUACACAUGUUUUCCAUCUUCAAACUAUUGUUCCUGUUUAUCAUUUACAUUCUCAGUUUUAAAGAGAAGAGACAUUUCAAUGUGUAAACAUGUCUUGGCCAUGCACUUGAGUGCUGCUAUGAAGAAGUAUGAAGAAAUCUCUGUAACUGAUGCAGAAAUGACAAGACUGAUUAAUACUUGUUUCACACCUCAAACACACUGAUGAGCAGAAUUGCAGUUUUAGUUAAAUAUGUAUAUGUAUAUGCCUGUUAAAGAUUUUGAUUGGAGUUUUAUAAACUUGUUACUCUGGUGUGUUACGAUUGUUUUGCAUAGAAAUGAUUCUCACCAUCAACUUUUUUAUGUUUUCAUGUGAUG